CUUGCUCUGGCCCCUCCAUAUAAACCUCUGUUCCCUUGUAUUCAAACCCAAGCCUAGCUUCUCCCGAAAAACAAACUUCUUUUAAUAAAAUUAAAAACUAUGGUGAAGAAGGAACUGUACAUAACCGUACCCAGCGUUUUCCGGUGUCCAAUUUCACUUGACGUGAUGAAAUCUCCGGUUAGCCUUUGUACGGGCGUUACCUACGAUCGUUCCAGCAUCCAAAAAUGGCUCGAAUCUGGUCACGACACCUGUCCAACCACCAUGCAGGUUCUUCCCUCCAAGGAUUUCAUCCCUAACCUUACUCUCCAUCGUCUAAUUAAUCUCUGGAUCCAGUCUUCUACUCUUCGGCCAGGCUCUAACUCUCCACGGCUUCUUCCGGCGACGCCUCCUGCGAUCUCCGAGGUUCAGGCUAAGCUAUUGAUGGAGAAGGUUGAGAGGGAGAGCUGCGACGAUUCUUUGUCUAAGGUUGCCGAGUUCGUAAGCUGUUGCGAAGAGAACCGGAAAUUUGUAGCUAGAUUCGACGGUUUCGUUGAGGUAAUCGCCGGAGUUUUGAAAAGGAAAUGUGCGGAAAUCAAAGCUUUGGAAACGGCGGUUAGGAUUUUGGAUUUGAUUUUGAGCGAAAAUGGAGUCACAGAAGGGUUAAACAAAUUAAUCCUGAAAAGCAAUCAGGAAAGUAAAUUUUUAUCUGCAAUCGUUUUAAUGCUUCAACACGGAAGCCUGAACUCGAAGAUCAAGUCGGUCCGAGUUCUGGACUCACUAGCACUUGACUCCGAAUCCAAACGCAGGAUCUCCGACUCACAAGACCUUAUAUCCAUCCUUCUCGAGCUCCUGAAAACAAACAACAACGGAUCCUUAAACGACGCCGUUACUUCCAUUUUAACCACCAUUUCAAUAACGCGCUCCAUCAGAUCCCGCCUCAUCGAAAACGGCAUCGUUGAAAUCCUAUCAAACUCGCUCACCGAAAAGUCGUUGAAGUUGUUAGCAACGCUUAGCACUUGCAGCGAAGGGAGGUCAGCAAUCAGUUCCGAGCCAAAAUGCGCGGCGGCGAUCGUAGAAAAGCUGUUGAAGGUGUCGAAAAGGGGGACGGAGGACGCCGUAACGGUGUUGUGGAGCACGUGUUGCUUGAACAAAGAGGAGAAAGUGAAAGAAGCGGUGGUAAAAGGGAAUGGGGUGACGAAGAUAUUAGUAAUAAUGCAAAGAGAAGGGGAAGGGAAUGUGAAGAUGAUGUGCAGGGAUUUGGUUAAGGCUCUAAGAGCUGUAUGUAAAGAUUGGUGUUUAGGCAGUUAUGAAACCAAAACUACACAAAUUAGACCUUGUUGAGGAGCAUUCUUUAUUUUUGGACAUAAAUUUACACACAAGAUUCAUGUAGUUACCACUUAGUUCAAAGGAAACACGAUUCUAUGCUUUUUUUUUGUUAGAAA